CCUUUCCUUUCCCUCCUUUUCAACUUUCCCUCUUUUUCUCCAAAUCCAAACAUCCUGUAACUAUUUGAAGAUUCGAAAAGAAAAAAAAAAAAACUUGGAAUCGAAUAUAAUCUUUGCUAUUUUUUUAUUGAAAUUGGUGAAGAAUGGAAGAAGAGAAGGAGAAGAAGAGGUGGAGUGUUGCGUACACCAAGCACAUCAAACAGAAGCGCAAAGUUUAUCAUGACGGUUUCUUAGAUCUUCACAUUUCAUCCAACAAGUUGAUGUUGUACGAUGAGUCCGACAAGCUUCUGGAAUGCAGGAUGUUGAGAAGAGAUGAAGUUGUUAGCUCUGCCCAAACCCUCACUUUCGCUGCAUAUUUUGUUGACGUUGGCCUUCUCCAGUCUCCUUAUCUUAAUUUUUCAGAUGCCAGAAAAAAGAGCAAUGAAGUCGAGCCAAUUGAUCGAAGUCUGAGCCCUUCACAAAAGAUAAUCAGAGAGUUCAAGAAGAAUGAACUUCAAAAAUAUGUUGCUCAGCAAACUGGUCCAACUACAACGAAAGCUAGUGUCACAGAAUGGCAGGUCUUGUAUACUACACAAGUAACUCAAAAGGCCAAGAAGUACCAUGAUGGUUUCUUAAAACUCGUAAAUUCUGCAGCGCUGCAGAGACAGAUUAUGUUAUAUGAUGGAAGCAAGAAACUAAUAAAUAGCAGAUUCCUCAAUAAAGAUGAAGUAAUACAAUCUGGUGAAUCAAUAACGUUUGAUGCUCAUUUGGUAAAUAUUGGAGAAGCUGAAGGAAACCAUCCAGGCCUCAUGAACUCUGAUGCCCAUGUAAGCAAUUAUAAUGCUGCUGGUAAAACAGAGAUGAUCCACAGAGUGCAGAAUCGUCUUAAAACCCACAAAUCGUUUUUGAAAGGGAAACCUCAAAAAAUUGCUUCUUCAAAGGUAUAUUCAGAUCCCAGUUUUAGCAUCCCAAUUAUUGCUGAGACAAAAUCAAGCCAGAAUAUAUCUGCAGACAAGCCUUUACGUGAUGGCAGGACAUUGCUUUGUAUUUCUUGUCACGCUCAUCACUAUGUUGCCUUAUCUGAGCAAUGGUAGGAUUUGCUCUCAAGGGUGGUGGCUCCUUGUCUGUUUCAACUAUAUCCCACAAGUCAUAGGCCUGGAGGUAAGUCCUCAUCUUCACUACCCAAAUGUGGUAGUUCUCUCCAAGAAAGACAAGUGGUGGAGGUGGUGAGAAGUUUGCUGAGGACAUAUCUAACAACAAGAAAGAAAGCAGCUUUUGUCUUUCUCAGCAAGAAACAUAAACAAAAAAUAGUGGCCCUCAAAGACAACAGGUUCUUGGUACCAUUUGUUGGUGUUUUUCAAAGAAGAAAGUAGAGAACUUAAAAAAGAAAAAACGAGCAGCAAAGGAAUGAAAAACAGAUUUCAUUCCAUUCAAUUUAAGUCAAUCAACUUACCAAACACUAACUACUACCACUAAGUAAACUUGAAACUUGUAAAACAUUACUUGUAUACAUAGAUAAGCGGACUAAUCAGCUCAAUCAGCACCUAAACACCAGUACAUGACCAAACUAAACUUCAAAACUUGACAAAAAACAAAGUCACAAAAGAACUAAGUAAAUCAGCGUGCAACUAGUUACAUUCUGCAUGCAUCAAGUUGACUGCAGCUGCAUGGUUGGCCAUCGUGGAACAGUAUGGAGAUUCUCUCACUUGGCCCAUGACUAGCUUGCGUGGUUGAUUUGCAAAUUAUUGGUUAAUUUAUUCUUCUGUCCUGUGCAAUGUACACGAUACUAUAUUAUGUAAUAUUUUGGUAUGUGGUGCAUAUAUGCUACUUUCUGCUUGGAUAUAAACUUUGACAAUCGCUUAAAAUAUGCUUGCUAGGGCAAAACAAGUUUUUUUUUUCGGGGGAAGCAAUGCAUGAUUUUGAUUAGUGCUGCACUGAUGUCAUAAGGAAUUAAUCUUUUGUUUUGUCUCUGCAGCUACUCAAAUCCUGUCCAUCCUCCGGAAACCUAUGAUACAAGUGGGCAUAACCACACAAUCUACUGAUAAGAACGUCAUGAAUCCAGUCAGCCCUGUGAAGGAUCCUUAAAAUUCAUAUUUGACUAAAAACUUUCUUGAAUGUAGCCAGCUACAAGAGAUAUCAAUAGCACAUCAUGGAUCAAGUGGGAAAUUGGAUAAUAUCAAAUCAAAUGAAUGCAUAGACAUAAAAAUUCCCCCUGAUAUCUAUUC